UCUAAAGUAAUUUAUCGUAGAUUGAAAACAUGCAUUCGUCUGAGGAAAAAACUAAAAACAUGAAAAACUAUCGGCCAUCAAUGGGGCUUUCAAGGGCGCUGUAUAUUCUUGGAAUACCUGUAUGUACGAAUUUGCAGAGAUUAAGUCCUGCGUAUUUACAAUCCCAGUUUGCUGCUAAAAAGAAUCAGUUGGAGGAGAGGAACUAUUCUUCUAGUUCUACAACUGCUGCGUGUAAACUCCGAACCACUAGGGAUAGGGCACGAGACUCUGAUUUGAGGUUGUUGCACGAGGCUUACCAGUACCUCCUGAAACGAAGACGAGCAAUAGAAAACAAAUAAGAUUUUGAACUUUUUUUAAUCUCUUCUACAUUUUGGACAAAGCAACCUUUUGUCCUGAAUAAUUAGUAACUAUAGUGGUUAUUGGACAAUCAAAAAUGAUUGAAAUAUUUUUUAACCAUUAUUUUUACAAGCUGAAUGAAAAGCAAAUUUUAUGAAAAAUAGAUUUUUGAUAAAUAUACGCAUAACAAUUAGAAAAACUUACAAAACCAACAAAUUUUCCCCACUUUGCCAUGACUGAGUUUAUUCUUUUAUCACAAGUAGACUGGGAACAGCAUGUCGCUCAUUUUUAUCUUUAAAAUUCACGUUUAAAUAUUUGUUUAACUUUAAAGUAUUGUCAUUGAUUAC